AUGCCUGGUAAGAAUAUUAAUACCAACACUCUUCAUGAUCAGCAUCAUCAUCAUAUGUUGGAUAAUAGCAAUGGUAAUAAUAACAAUAAUACUGGUGUAGUAGUUCCGGAUGCUGCUGGCUUAGCUCAACAUACAUCGCUAUCGUCCUCUUCGUCGUCUCCAUCACAACUCCUGUCUUCACCAUCUUCACCGACUUCAUCAAUGACUACUACCAAUGUAUAUCCAAAAGUAUACCACUUAAUCCCAGUGGAAAAUACACCACCUGAUAUACCAUGGAAAGCUCUUGAUUCAUCAAGAAGGGGUGCAGACGGACAAGCCAUUUUAUCAUUCUUCUUACAUAAUAAAUCACUAAAUUAUUGGAAGUGUCUACAAUGUAAAAAGGUCUAUUAUUUCAGAUUAAGUGAUUAUCGUUAUAAAUUAAAUCCACUAAAAAAUCAUUUGACAGGGAAGGGAAAUAAACAUGGUAUCAUUUGUGAAAAGAAACCGGAUCUAAAUACCGCUAUUAGAAAUAUGGAAAUGAAAAAUUCCAUAGAUAAUGCUGUCAAGAAAAGAAGAUUGGAAACUAUGGGUGCAGUAGAAAUGAACCUAUUAACUAAUUCUAAUGCAAAUAAUACCACUACUACUACGGCUAACCAUAUAAACAAUAUCGUUAAUGAACACCACCAAGCUUCUUAUUCCGCCAUCACAAACAAUUUCAAUGGUGAUACGCAUAACAGUAGCCACCGUAACGUUAAUAAUACCAGUCACAAUGCCACAAGUAAUCGUUCGUUAGCCCAAAUAAAUCCUACCAAUAGCUCUGAUAUUAACGAAGAAUUUAUUAAGGUGUCCGUUCUUAAAGACAUAUUUAGAUUUGUACUUGAUGUUGUAGGAAGAGAUCGAGAUCGAGAUCGAGAUCGUAUGCACAGGAAUUUAGAAAAUGCGAUAUCUUUAGCAUCUAAUGAGAUUGAUGAGAGAAAGAAAAGAAGAAAAAUAUCUUCUAAUAACGUCGAUGGAGAUAUCCAAGAACAAGAUCAAAAUAUUCAGGACGACGGACUAAUGAUACCGAGGCAUAAUCCAAAUUCAAAUUCAAAUUCAAAUCUAAAUCAAGGUGAACAUGAACGCCACGUUCGAAGUCAACUUCAAGCUCAACAACAACAGAACCAACGUCACCUCCAGCAUCGCCAAAUACAACAACAACAGCAACAACAACAUCAGCACCAGCAACUCGGAGAAACUCAAGGGCAGCAGCAUCACCAUCACUUGCAAGAAGGUGAUCAUCGAUCGCAAUUGGGACAACAACAUCACCAAUUGCAAUUACAACAUCUUCAGGAAAGAAUGUCACGUAAUAACUAUCAACAAUCAUCUCAACGACGUCAAAACAAUCAUCAGCAACAACCACAGCAACAGCAUGGCGCCGGAGGCUUAUUAUAG